AUGGCUCAUAGACUAUUAGUAAACGUCAUCUUCACUGGUGCUUCCGUGUUUGGCAAGGCGUUUACAGAAGCCUACAAACAAGCCGCCAAGGCGUCGGCUGCUACUGCAGCAUCGGGAGGCCCGGCAAAGGCAGCAUCUGCAGGAGGUAUAUCGACCGAAGAGUCGUUGAAAAUCUUGAAUUUGGAAAAGAAUGAAUUGUCCUUGGAUAAGAUUGAGGAGAAAUACAACUACCUAUUCGAGAUCAACUCGAAAGAACAAGGCAAUUCGUUUUAUUUACAGAGUAAGAUCUACUACGCCAUGGAUACUUUGAAGAAAGAGCUAGAGUAUUUGGAGAAACUAAAACACAGCAAGGAAGGACUGGGGUCGCUGUCAAAUUGA